UCCAUAUUCUCGAACUCGAAUCUCUUCUCCAAAAACCACCAAAAGGUUGAAUCUUUAGGUUAAAGAUGGCGUCUUUGGGUGUGUCUGAAAUGCUGGGUACGCCCCUCAACUUCGGUGGAGCCACAAGGACAUCUGCUCCUUCGCCAUCGAGCCCUGCAACUUUCAAGACAGUGGCUCUGUUCUCCAAGAAGAAGGCUGCUUCUGCUCCUCCUGCCAAGUCCAAGACCGCCUCUGUCUCUGCUACCAGCGACGAGCUCGCUAAGUGGUACGGUCCUGACAGGAGGAUUUUCUUGCCGGACGGUCUUUUGGACAGAUCAGAGAUCCCUGAGUACUUGAAUGGUGAAGUACCUGGAGACUAUGGUUAUGAUCCUUUUGGCCUCAGCAAGAAGCCCGAGGACUUUGCCAAAUACCAAGCCUUCGAAUUGAUCCACGCCAGAUGGGCUAUGUUGGGAGCAGCCGGCUUCAUCAUCCCCGAGGCCUUGAACAAAUACGGCGCCAACUGUGGCCCUGAAGCCGUCUGGUUCAAGACGGGUGCUCUGCUUCUUGACGGAAACACAUUGAAUUACUUUGGCAAGAACAUCCCCAUCAACCUUAUCGUUGCUGUCAUUGCCGAGGUUAUUCUUGUCGGCGGUGCUGAAUACUACAGAAUCAUCAAUGGCUUGGAUCUUGAGGACAAGCUACAUCCAGGAGGCCCGUUUGAUCCAUUGGGACUUGCCAAUGACCCGGAACAAGCGGCUCUGCUCAAGGUGAAGGAGAUCAAGAACGGUAGAUUGGCCAUGUUUGCCAUGCUCGGCUUCUACUUCCAAGCCUACGUCACAGGGGAAGGUCCCGUGGAGAAUCUCGCCAAGCAUCUCAGUGACCCUUUUGGAAACAACUUGCUCACUGUCAUCGCUGGAUCUGCUGAAAGAGCUCCCACCCUCUAACUCUCUCUCUCCAAUGGCUUUGUACACCUUCCAAGAAGAUACUUUAUGUCACAUUUCCCAAACUUAGAAUUUCUUUGGUUUCUUGGAAAUUCUAAUGAUGCUCUGAAAAUGAAUGGAAACGUUUCCACUUCUCUUA